AUGGAUCUGGAGGCGAAGGAUGCGAACGGGUCGACCUGUUUGUCCCGGAACGAGAGCGACCGUGGACUAAGCGCUUCUUCCGGUGGAGUGUCCACUGCGCUGGCCAGCGUGCUGAUCUUCACCAUCGUGGUGGACAUCCUGGGCAACGUCCUCGUCAUCCUGUCCGUGUACAGGAACAAAAAGCUCAGGAAUGCAGGCAACAUCUUUGUGGUGAGUUUGUCCGUAGCAGACCUGGUGGUGGCAUUAUACCCCUACCCUCUGGUCCUGACAGCCAUCUUCCACAAUGACUGGACCAUGGGUGACCUGCACUGCCAGGCCAGCGGCUUCAUCAUGGGCCUCAGCGUCAUCGGCUCCAUCUUCAACAUCACGGCAAUCGCCAUCAACCGCUACUGCUACAUCUGCCACAGCCUCCACUAUGACCGUCUGUACAGCCUGAGAAACACCUGCUGCUACCUGGGCCUCACCUGGCUGCUCACUGCCCUCGCCACUGUGCCCAACUUCUUCGUUGGCUCGCUGCAGUACGAUCCCCGCAUCUACUCCUGCACCUUCGCCCAGACGGUCAGCUCGUAUUACACCAUCUCUGUGGUGAUUAUUCACUUUCUGAUCCCGCUGCUGGUGGUGUCUUACUGCUACUUGAGGAUAUGGGUUCUGGUAAUUCAAGUGAAACAUCGGGUUAAACCAGAGCAAAGGACCAAACUGAAACCGAGUGACGUGAGGAACUUCCUGACUAUGUUUAUGGUGUUUGUGUUGUUUGCAGUAUGUUGGGCUCCACUAAACCUCAUAGGCCUAGCCGUAGCUAUAAAUCCUGCAAAAAUUGCGCCCAACAUACCUGAGUGGCUCUUUGUCACAAGCUAUUUUAUGGCGUAUUUCAACAGCUGCCUCAACGCCAUUAUAUAUGGACUUCUAAACCAAAACUUCCGCAAAGAGUACAAGACGAUCCUCCUUGCUCUUUGCUUCCCACGUUUGCUCCUCAUGGAGACUUCUAGGUGUGCCACAGAGGGACUGAAGAGUAAGCCCUCACCGGCUGUAACAAACAAUAACGUGGCAGAGUUAAAUGUUUAAACAGCUGUUUCACUGGGAAGCUUAAGAUGACGUUUCUCUAGAGCCUCAUUUUGGAUGUGUGCCAUGAUUCACCAAGUGCCUUUUCACAAGAUGCGCAUCGUGUGAAGAGAUAACCAUGUUUGGAGAGAACACUGCUGCCACCAUUUUCCUUUCAGCCAUGUCAUACUUUACUGUUCCCUCAUGAUGAGAGGAAAACCAUCACUUGUAUCAUUGUGCUCCUCUGUGACAGCUUCCCUGCAUUCUAUUUAAAGACAGCCCAACUUAAAAGCAAGUCCAAAUAACUAGUUAGUAUUCACCAAAAAACAUUUGGACCAUGGAGAGGAGUCAGCUGGGAGACUUCUCUCACUAAAAUAUUUCAAACAGAUCAGGCAGCACAUAUAAUAUUGCCUAUUUUUUGGAUGGGAGACUCCCUUUUAAAGUCGCAUCCCAGCAUGUGUACAUCACAUGCACUGCAUAUUUGCACAGUUUGACCAUGAGUACGUCAACAACAUAGUAGAAAAAAAAUAAAAUUGAUGUAUUUUCUAUUGCCACUGUGUCUUUGUGAUUUCAUGUGUAACAUUAAUGAUGGGAAAGCCUAAAGGUUUGUUGUU